GCCCAUUUCUCUCACAAAAUCGGAUUGCAUUUUCUCUCAUCUACCUUUGUUCAUUUUAUCGUCGCGAGCCCAAGAAAUGAAUAAGCCAAGGCCCCGGACUACAAUGCGAGCCUCCUUUCGCUCCAUUGCCCUUAUGGGCAUCAUUUUUCUAAUGACAUACUCGACUGUCUUGGCACAGGAUGAUUCUGCCAUGGAUCCCUUAAACUCCUUUUUAAACAACAUUCACAUCACUUCGAAUGUAGACCAGAUUCCCUCUUUGGCUGCAGCUGCAGCUCAGAAUCAAUCCCUACUCUGGGGGCUGUAUAGGCCCAACCUUUACUUUGGGACCCGACCGCGUUUACCUGAUACAGUCAUGACAGGGUUGAUGUGGUAUGGCGCUCAUGACUACGCAGGCAUAGACAAUAUCCGUCAUGGAUGCGAGGAACGCGAUAAAUUCGAAAAAUAUGGAUGGCUUAAGGCGGAUGGACGAACGUUUGGCACUCAGCAGCUUAAAGAUACCCACAACAAUGUUGAGAUCACCACCGACUUCAUCAAAGUCCCUGGAGGCGAUCAUGGUGGAUCAUGGGGCGCCAGAAUUUCUGGAAAGCCUAUCCGUCAAGAAGAGCCAAUGUCCAUUGCGGCCUUGUACUACAUUGGGAUCGAUGGCGAGGGCGAACUUGAGAUUGACACGGAUAACUUCGUGGCCCAAUCGCCAAUUAAAUUCGAUGGAAAUGCAAAAGAUCUCGGCAACUUUGAUUUUGCGAUUGAGCAGACCAAAGGGGACAACAAACACGAUUCUGUUCAUUUCUUUGGCGCCACUAUACCUCGAGGAAAUAUUUGGAGAGCAAAAGACUUUGUCCGUGAAGUGAUUAUACAUCAAGUACAAGCAUUUCAGCAGAUGGGUAGGACUGAUUUAAUGCCCAAGGAGCUUUUUUCACUGCCAAACCAGUUCUUUGGAGGACAGCCAAAUUUCAUCAUCUUUCAAAUGCAUUACGACGCGCCUUUUGAGUUUGAAGUAAGAUUCAACUCAAAGUCGUCUCCGAACAUUGUAACUAGCACAACGAUCACUAAAGAGCUUGCCAAAGCAAUCAGUGCCUUUGACGAGCGUUUUGAAAAAACCUUCCAUCUCAAGCAACAGGGAUACUCUAACUCGAUGAUUGAUUUCGCCAAAGCAGCUAUGAGUAAUUUGAUCGGAGGCAUUGGUUAUUUCUAUGGAUCCUCUAUUAUUGACGAGUCUCCCAUGUAUGAGGAAGGGUCCAACGAGCACUUGGAAGGUCCAGUUGCACGCCGCCCUAGCCCUGACCCUCAAUACACGCCUCCCGCAUCUUUAUUUACUGCAACUCCCUCUCGUUCUUUUUUCCCCCGUGGAUUCUAUUGGGAUGAAGGGUUUCAUCAAACUCUUAUCGGCCAAUGGGACAAUGAUCUUAGCCUUGAGAUUAUUGAGAGUUGGUUUAAUCGGCAAAAUGAUGACGGCUGGAUCCAACGGGAACAGAUCCUGGGGGAUGAGGCCAGAAGCCGUGUCCCUCCAGAGUUUCAAGUUCAAUACCCGGAACAUGCCAAUCCACCUACUCUGUUCAAAGCUAUCAACCUUUACCUGGACCGUUUAAAGAAUGUCAACAAUACUUUUUCAGUGAAUGAGCAUAGCGAAUCAGAGCAUGAGCAAAAGCAGCAGACAUCUUUCAGUACCGAAGGCAUCAUGAAGUCCGACGUGACUAAUGCAAGACUGAUGAAUACACACCUGGCAUCAGAUUAUCUUGCUAGGUUAUAUCCUAAGCUUAGGACUAACUAUUUUUGGAUGAGGAGCAUUAUGCGUGGAAGGAGCCGCGAAUAUGGCCAUCGGCAUAGCUCUGCUGCCCAAGGCUAUAGGUGGAGGGGUCGUACUAAAACCCAUACGCUCACGUCUGGAUUGGACGACUAUCCAAGAGCUCCACUACCUAGCGUAUGGGAACUGCAUGUGGAUCUACUAUGCUGGAUUGGGUUUAUGAACCGUAAUCUCCUGAGCAUUGCUAAAAUUGUUGAGGAAGAAGAAGAUGUAGAAGAGUUUGAGGAGCAUUAUUAUGACAUUGUUGCUGACGUCGAUGGUCUCCAUUGGAAUGAGGAACACAAAGCUUACUGUGAUCUGACUGUCGAUGAAAAUGACGCGAGCAUCCAUGUGUGCCACAAAGGAUACAUAUCUUUGUUUCCUAUGCUUCUGGGCAUCAUUGACCCAAAAUCUGAGAAGCUUGGUCAUAUCCUUGACCUAAUGAGUGAUCCUGAGGAACUGUGGUCACCGUUCGGCCUUCGCUCCUUAUCCAUAAAAGACGAAUUCUUCGGCACGGGCGAGAACUAUUGGAAAGGCCCCAUUUGGGCGCCAAUUAACUAUCUUGCGCUGCAUUCACUGAAGGAGAACUAUAUGGUUGAAGGCCCUUAUCAGGCCAAGGUCAAGGAAAUCUUUAACAACCUCCGUGACAACCUGAUUAACAACAUAUUUAACGAAUAUGAGCGUACAGGGUAUGUCUGGGAGCAAUACAAUGAUACGACUGGACAUGGACAGCGCAGCCAUCCUUUCACAGGCUGGACCUCAAUGGUUGUGUUGAUGAUGCAGAUGGGCCGUGCGGAAUGAAUACAGAGAUAAAUAAAAGAAAAAUAUGGUGCGUAGCAGACAGAAACUACAAUCCUUUUCUCUUUGCAAACAAACGCUACAUUCAGGAUACUUAAAGCAUGUUUACUUAUUAAAGUUCUAGAACAUAUGCAAAAAAAGGAC